UUGGGAGAUAAUAGACAUGGUGCGCUUUACAUCAACGGAAAGGGCAAAGCAAGGAGAAGAAGAGGGUACUGCUAAAUUUGCUCGCGGUAACCGGUUAACAAUGUCUGAACAGAUUAGAUGCUAUCGCGAAGAAUGUCAGCGUAUUUUUGACUUGCAGAAUCGCGUCCUUUCAAACGCUGAGCUUUUGAGUUCCGAUGAAGAGGUCAGUAGUGAUGAAGAUGAGGACGACCUGACUGCUCCGACUGGCACUUCAUCUUCAUCUGGAGGAACAACUGGUGUGGUUUGCCCUAGCAUCGGCUCUUCCACUGGCUCUAUAGGGAUGGGAUCAUCCACAGGACUCGCUGCAAUUAUGGCAGGAAACCGCCAAGCAGGCCAGCAGCCCAAGCAUCGUCAGGAAGAGUCUGAUCGUGAGCAUCUUACUAAGUCUCUUGAAUUCGGAGUAAGUAUUCCUUCACUCAGAGUAAUAGUGAGACUAUUCCUUAGAACAAUGUAUUUAAUUUAG